AUUCCCUCCCGAGCCCGACCCGGAGCCCGAUCUUGACGACCGACUAUUGUCAUUCUCAUUGCCAUAGCUCUACCUGAUCUACCUACUCACGUUCCCGGCGACCGACCACCUACUCGUCUCGGGUCGCAUCCUUUGCGCUUAUCGACGACCUCCGACCAUCGCCCAGCGUUUGUCCAUUUGCCUAGGUACCCGCCAGCGAUAACCCCCCUCUCAUUAAACUCCUCCUCUCUUAGCCACCCAAGCUGGGCCGCGCCACUGCCAUCGACGCCUCUUUUCUUUGAAGUUACCAACCGCAGCGUCUGAUUUCCGGCAUCAUGUUCUCUCAGAAGAAGCCGUACUCGGCCGUUACGGUGAGCAUCGAGACGCUCACCGCCGAGACGUACGAAGAGGAUGACUUGAGCGGCAUUCCCGACCUCGUGGAAGUCAUCAAGCUUCAGGCGUCCGGCCCUGGAGAAGCCGCCCGCGCCAUCCGCAAGAAGCUCAAGUACGGCAAUGUUCACCGCCAGCUCAGAGCUUUGACCAUCUUGGAUGGCCUCAUCCAGAACGCCGGCCCUCGUUUCCAGCGUGCUUUCGCUGACGAGACCCUGCUGGAACGCCUGCGAGUUUGCGGAACAUCCGACCUGUCUGACCCGGAUGUCAAGAAGAAAUGUACCGAACUCUUCCGCAGCUGGUCUCAGUACAAGAGCACUCCCGGUUUGGAGCGCAUCGCCAAGCUGCACCAAGAACUGCCUAAACGCAAGGUCGCCGUCACCCAGGAGAGGUCCAAGGCUGUUCGGGAGACGGAGAACCCGUUUGGCGAGGAAGAGGAGGACAAGCCUUCCUCGCCCACGGGCCGUGCAGGGGAGUCCUCCCAGCCGCAGCGCACGCCCUAUCUGCCAUAUGGCGAUUCUCCCAACGCCAGCACCACCUCUGGCCACGCCAAGUCUUCGUCCCGGUCCGGGAGCUCUUUCUUUGGCUCGUCCAAAGAUAAGAGCAAGAAAAAGGACAAGGACAAGAAGGGAAAGCGCAAGCCCUUCAACCUGGAGUUGGAGAAGGAUGCCAUGAAGGGCGCCAUUGCCGAGAGUUCCAUCGCUGUCACCAACCUGACCAACCAUCUCCAGACCAUUAACCGCGAGAGGGAGCGCAUCUCGGAGAACCCGCAAGCUGUUGAGCAGUUUGAAGGUUGCAAGCAGCUCAGGCGGAAAGUCUUACGCUACAUCCACCAUGUUGAAUCGGAGGAGUGGCUCGGCAGCCUUCUGAGAGCCAACGAUGAGCUGGUCACCGCCCUCAUGACGUUCGAGCAACUCGACCGGUCCAUUGACGCCGACAGUGAUUCUGAUGACGAGCUUGCCGAGCAGGCUCACAUCUACCGAAUGGUCUCCGAAAAGGGCAAGCAAUCCAUGUCUCCACCCCCUCCCGACGUUUCUGGUCUGAGCAUCAGCCACACGCCGUCGCCUCGUCCGCCUCCCCCACCCCGCCCGGUUCCGAGGUCGAGACCCGCUCCCGCUCCUCCCGCCGCGCCACCUGCGCCGGCGAAGCCCCCCAGACCUCCUGUCCAGCAGGUUCAGCCCGACUCGGACGAGGAGGACGACGAUGACCCGUUCGCCGACAAGAACGCGCUCGAGACCCCAGCCACCGAAAGGACAGAGCCAAGAUGGUGAUGCUGCAUGACCGGCAUGUUCCAUCACAUGCGUCCCCCUGUUUCAUUUACCCAACGUUCUUAUCGAAGGAAUACCCAGCCAUGUAGGAUGGGGUUCUCUGUGGCCAACAGGCUGUUUCUGUUGGCGGUUUUGGAACACACAAGUCAUGUAGCGAACGAAGCGCCCGUUUAGAUUCCCAAUGACGAAGCGAGUCGAGUUGAGCACUUAUGAUAUCUUAAUCCUAGCCACCGAGUGCCGUUGGGCUGCUCACUGGAUGCAGGAGUCCAGUCCCCCUUUUCCGAAAGCUCGCAAUCGGUCAACAUCGACCUUCCACUGUUGGUCCCGCCUCGGCCGCAAUCCCCUUUUGGGAACAGCGCCCGGACCUCAUGGUCCCCGCCGAGCGCCCAUUCCGGACUCUAUCGCCCGAUGCCCCCGCCGGAGAUGCUACGAUCCCAUCG